GAUAAAUGGAGUGAGAGAUUCCUUGAUGCCCUGCAAAAGGUUGUAUGUCGUCAGAAUCCUAAUCAGGGAUUUAUGUGCAUCAAUCAGAUCAAUCUAUGACCUACCUCAAAGCCACAAGCGGAUUGCGGAGGAGGCAGAAACUACAUUGCAUAUCGAGCGCAAUGGUUGCAUACUGCAUGUGCAGACGUACAAGAAUCCCAGAAAGCAUAACGCCAUGAUGGGCAGCACCAUGUGCACCUUUGAUGCGCUCAUGGAGCACACACAGCCCCUGCUCGCUACUGAAGACAACUAUAAGAACGAAUGUAGCGAGUUCUCCGCGAAUAGCAGAAAUUUAGAACUAUAAGGAUCGGUGUCCUUUGGUAUACUCAUUUUAUCCUUGUAUUCAAUUGCGUUAUGGUAUGAAUAGACGAGUAUG